GCAAGUGCACCGCCGAGAGCGGCUGCAAACGCAGUCAGUUGUCAACGGCGCCGCUGCCUCGGCGAGCGAUCGUGUUCGCCUUCGUUUUCAAACGUAAACUACAUUCGCGAUCGUGAUAUCUAACCAAAACAACAGUAAAACUACUAUUAAAUUUAUCAGAUUAGGUAUUUCCUUCACAUAUACCUGAUACUUCAUUCUACACAUACUGCGCUCGAGUGUAGACAGCAAAGUUUAUAAGAUAUAGAUUAUUUUAUAUUCCAUUUAUUGAGAUGGUAGAUCAUUGGUCGGCGAUAAUGCUACUUCAUCGAUAACGAAGAUUAACUCUCGACAAGAUCUCACGUUUACCUGAUGUAUUACGAAAUUUUUGUCAAAACAUACGUAGAUAUCAGACGUUUGUUCUGAAUUUCUGAGUGUUUGUGGAAAAUGCUUAUGACUGGAAGUGUUUGUUAGUGAUUAAAAAAAAAUGGUGAAAUGUUUUAGGAAGAGCUUUUCGCUCUCCGAUUUGUGGGUGUCGUCUCAUGAAAGACUGUCGGACUUUUAUCUGACGUCAUGGCAGCGUGGAGACUCUCCAGUGCCGAUGCUGGUGAUUCGGCUGCUGUUAGCGACGAUCAUGGCGGGCAUCUUCGUGUGGUCAAUAACAACGUCGCCAACUCCCUACUGGCUCAUAUACCUGACGAACUGGGGUCUACUGAUGGUCACCCUGUUGACCCUCAGUGGCACAGUGGUAUCUCUGCUCGCUGUGUGCAAACAGUUACCUGAUGGAUCGGCGUUGCCAUGGUACGUGAGCAUAUACUGGCUGUUCUACAACAUAGCGAUCACGAUGGCGAUCAUCAUCACGGCGCUCUACUGGAUAUUGCUCUACAACCCUGAGCAAAGGGAACAAGAGGGGUUCUGGCUGGACCUAGCGACCCACGGGUUCAACUCGUGCGUGGCGUUCGUAGAGAUAGCGAUGGCGCGCACCCCCAUACGACUGCUUCACAUCUACCAGCCGUUGGGCGUGGGGCUGUGGUAUGCUGCCUUCUCCGGGAUCUACUACGCUGCCGGUGGCACCGAUGGCAAUGGGAACCCGUUCAUCUACGAAAUACUGAAUUGGGCGGAGCCAGGGGACGCGAGCAUCAUAGUCGCAAUAACAGCCGCUAGCUUAAUCGUCCUCUACGCCGUACUGUGGGGCGUCUCGCUUUGCAGGGACAGGAUAUCCACUUCCCUCAUUCGCACCACUAGUUUAGAACUUCCCUUUGCACCACCAGACAGACAUUCUCCAAGUGGAAUGGUGUGACCGCAUAGGUACUAGAUAGCGAUUUAUUAAAUAUACUCGAAGAAGUGAAACGUCAGUUUGAGUUGGCAGCAUUUAAAUAAUUAGGUAGUUACCACCGACAAAGAUGUACGCCCAACGAUUUAGCGUUCCGUUACGGUGUCGUGUAGAAAACAAAGAGGGCGUGGAUUUUCAUUCUCCUCCUAACAAGUUAGUCCGCUUCCAUCUUAGAUUGCAUCAUCACUUUCCAUCAGGUGAGAUUGUAGUCAAGGGCUAACUUGGAAAGAAUAAAAAAAAACUACUUUAUUUUUUUUUCUUUUAAAAAUAAUUUUUAAUCAUCUUUUAAACAUGACCAAUACUUUCCUUCCUCUUCUAAGUUUUGCUACAAUUUCUAAACCGAACUUACUAGAAAAUAUUCCAGAUAAGCAUCUGUGCAUUUCAUGUGAUAACGUGGACUACUUAUCCAAGAAAAAAUUUUAAUAAAAAAAAAUUCAACCGACUUCCAACUCAAAAAUUAACCUAAACUAAAAAGCAAAAAAUAACAUCUUACCUAUGUGCUACCUUCUGAUCAGUUUAAAGGCGGUGCCAAGCCAGUGAUGUUUUUAUUUAAGCCGUUUAAAUUACAAAAUUUCUGUGGUUCUUUCAGAAACGGCUUUAAUUAAAACAUGACACUAGAUUGGCACCGCCUUCAAACUGAUCAGAAGGUAGCACAUAGGUAAGAUGUUAUUUUUUGCUUUUUAGUUUAGGUUAAUUUUUGAGUUGGAAGUCGGUUGAAUUUUUUUUUAUUAAAAUUUUUAUUUUUUAAUUUUUAGUGUUAGCACACCUACUGAGUGUAACCAAAAUUAAUAAGCAAUUAGUUGAAAAGUUAUUUUCUUAUGAUAAGUAUCUAAGUCGUACAAUCCCAAUUUUAAAAAUACUACGUUAACUCAUAUACAAAAUUUCACUCCCCCUUUAUCCACACGUUAUAUGAAUAUUCAGAAAAACGUGAAAGGUGACUGUCCUCCGUCUUCAUCACCAGACCCCCUAUGCAGUCACAAUCCAUAUGGUUGGGAAGUUCUCAUCAAUAUAAAAUUUAUCAAGUCCAAACACAAGGUAGCUACUGUGAACCGUCGAGGAGUUCCCUUAACUCUCCUUCAUCUUCGUCACCAGACCCCUAAUACAGUCACAACCAAUUCAGGUGGAAAGUUCUCAUCAAUACAAAAUUAUCAAGUCAAAACACAAGGUAGCUACUGUGAACCGUCGAAGAGUUCCCUUAACUAUCCUUCGUCUUCAUCACCAGACCUCUAAUACAGUCACAACCCAUCUUGGUGGAAAGUUCUCAUCAACACAAAUUUAUCAAGUCCAAACACAAGGUAGCUACUGUGAACCGUUGAGGAGUUCUCUUAACUGUCCUUCGUCUUCAUCAUCAGACCCUUAAUACAGUCACAACCCAUCUAGGUGGAAAGUUCUCAUCAAUACAAAUAAAUCAAGCCCAAACAAAAGGUACCUGCUGUAAAUCGUUGACGAGUUCCAUCGUCUGUGUUUCGGCUCCAUCAUCAGACCAACUCCAGACCUUCAUAAAAUUGUAGUGGUUUAAAAUACCUUAUGGAAACACAAACAAACGCACUAGCCGUCCCUACGAUUUUCGAAAGUUCCCCUCAAUUUCUCCAAGAUGCCAUCAUCAGAUCCUGACAUGAAAAAAAUGGGACCACCCUGGAAUCAAACCCUUCAAAACAAAAAAAGAAUUUUCAAAAUCGGUCCACAAAUGACGGAAUUAUCGCUGGACAUACAUAAAAAAAAAAAAAAACAUACAUACAGCCGAACGUAGAACCUCCUCCUUUUUGGAAGUCGGUUAAAAAUGGGCUCUGCGCGGGUAGAUACUAUACUAUACUAAUUAUUAUUGUAAAGAGGAAAGAUUUUAUUGUUUGUCUGUAUGUUUGUUUGCAUUGAAAAGGCUCUGAAACUACUGAACCGAUAUGAAAAAAAAAUUCUUUCACUAAAAGCUACACUGUCCCCGAGUGUUAUAGGCCCUAUGACACUCGGGGCCCUAUAAAAUAUAGCCUAUAAUAUAGGCUAUAUUUUAACCCCGUAUUCCUACGGGAGAGUCUGCUAGUGACAAAGUAAAUUGCAAAGACGUUUCACUUCUAGCUAUAGACUCUGUUUUCAUGGUUUCCGUAUCUUUUAAGGUAUUUUUAUGUUAUAACAAAAUGUAAAGGUUUUAAACUGCGUAAGUCGUGUAUUUGAAUACGAAUUUAUCCUUAUAUUUAGAAAUGUAUAGAUAUGCGAUAUUAUUUUGCGGAUUUAAAAGGGCAUUGUGACUUACAUUAUCGUACUUAUUAUGGAUAUGUGUGUGAAGCAAUAUAGGUGUCCGAAGACGGUUAUUUUCUUAAUUAAAUUUUUAUACAUUUACGAGUACGUAUGUAAAAACGUCAAAGGACGAAAUUACUGCUUGCGGACGUCCGCUAGUCUUAAUAAAUAUUGAUGAACGAUUGAAAGAAUGUAAUUUUUAUUGUUAUUACACAAGAAGAACAAUAUAAAUUACGUCUAGUCGAUACAAUUAGCACAAUAUACCUAAAACCAAAUCCUUUGUUAUUUAUAGCUCUUAACUCCAGUUAUUUUAGCUUGCUCUUCUUAAAAUAGUAUAAAGUCAUUUUCCACCAUAUGUAAGAUCUUUUAAACUAACUCGCAAAGGACUUAAACAUAAGAGUAAUUCAAGAGGAAUGUUUAUACGUUAUACCUAAGUGGUUUUCUGCGCGGACGAAGUUGCGGACGUCUGCUAGGCUAGUCACACUAAUAUUAACUAAUAAUAACCUUACCUUAAGGUAAGGUAAGACUAGUCACACUAAUAUUAUAAAGGCGAAAGUUUGUGUGUAUGUUUGUUCCUCCUUUACGUUACGGCUACUGAAGUGAUUUAGCUGAAUUUUGGAAUGGAAACAGAUUCUACUCUGGAAUAACACAAAGGUUACUUUUCAUCACGGGAAAUCCUUGGUUUCCGUGGGAUUUGUCAAAACUCUACGCGGACAAAGUCGCGGGCGGACUAGUAGUAUACAUAUAAUCAGUAUAUUUCGGACCUUUAUAUAAAUACCUAAAAUAUUAUUUUUACGAUACUCAUACUAAAUUAAUAUUGUUUAUAUUUUGAUAGGACAAGUAGACUAUCUAUUUAGGUAAAACAAUUAUAAACUUUUAUAGAAAACUGUCCAAAGUGUUUUAAUAAAAAUGAUAUUUUUAAUUUUGUAUACUAUUUAAAUUUAUACACCUGUCAAGUAUAAAUACCAGUAGGUACCAUUAAGGAUAGAGAAUUAUAUUAAAGAACAUAAUUGUCUUCGGACACUUAGGUAUUUUUAAAUUUUAAUUAAAAUAAAUAAUAUAUUAAGCAAAUAUAACCAGCGAAUACCUACGUAAAAUAGAUAUUUACCUGAUACUUUAAAAUACUCUUAAUCUUAGAUAAGUAGAACAAAAAUUCAUAACUAAUGAUAAUAAAAUGUUUACCUAAAUAUUAUACCUCCUAUACAUAUUUGUGAUUUGAAUUAACUAAUUUCAUACACAAUAACUUAAUUUUUUAUCUAAGUUAAAUAAUAGCAUGACCAGAAAAAUAAAAUAAAAUUGCGGAAAAAGGAGCUCAAUUUAUCUAAUUUUGCCGUGUGUGGAUCAUGUGCGACCAGAUCUUGUGUGGAUCAUUAUCAACGUACCAAACAGACAGCUAAAAGCAGCGGUUGCGCCCCCAAUCCUGGGUUUUUAUAUUUCUGAUCAAACUAUAACAUUUGGCAUAACUGAUAUAUUACAAAUAUCAUACUUAUUAAGUGCAAUAUAUUGUUUUACCCGUGGUUUUUCGUACUCGAAUAACAUGUAAUUGAAUUUGUUUUAUGAUAUAGCGUGGCUGUGGUAUAUAACUACAUAUUAAUUAUGAAUGUAUAUAAUUUAAAUAGCAAUUACCUACUAGAUAUACCAAAGUUUAUAGCGCGCAAGAUUAAGACAAAAAUGUAAUAUAAAAUGUGUAUAUAUGUAUAAUCACACAGGCUAUACGAUUGCGAGCGUCGAUGAAGGUAGUGACUUGAAUAUAAAAACUAAUGAAUAAUUGAAUUAAUUGCAUUACAUUAACAUAAUUUUGUCAGGUAUUUAGAUAAUUUACCUAAAUAAACUUCUCAAUCUCAUAUAAAUGCAUUCCAAUUUAUCUUGCGCGCUAGAACGUCUGUCCUGAACCACUGAUUCCCAAAGUGGUCUAGGUGGACCCCCAUGGGUCCACGGGAGACUCGACGGAUCUACGUUGGCGUGACAAAAAAACGGAGGUACACUUAAUUGCAAAAUCCACGAAAAUAUAUCUGGUUUCAUACCAAAUGGAGAGUUUUCCAAGUAAAAUAUAACGACUAUGUGAGAAUUGAUUGUGCUGUAAGUAGAUUUAAAAAAGUAAAAUUUUCAAACUUGAUUGAUUGAGAAACUUUGUUUUUUUUAAUUAACUAAUCAAUAGUCACUUUUUUUUUAAUUUUCGUGGUUGAAAUUCACCUGCAAAGCAAAUCUCCAUAGUUAGAUCUAAUCUUCACAUUUUUAUCGAGUUUUUGGGAAAUGGGGGUCCACCAGAACCAGCCAAAAAAAGUUUGGGAACUUCUGAACCAUCGUUCAGUUUUCGAUCCUAUGGAAACUGUAUACACGAAUGGCCAAAUCCACUCGAAACCUUGUAUAUUAUUUGUAUACAUUUUAAGUUUCUCCUUACAUUCGUUAUAAAUCUAUGUGUAUGUUGUUUUAAUAUUAAUUGGAUGUGUUGA